AUGCAAUCCAUCUCGAGAACAUUGGGAGGCACUAUUGUUCGCAACAGUAGUAGACUCUCAUCAAGAUUAGCUACCACUGCUUCAAUUCAAAGACGUCUCUAUGCUACUGAAGUUGCUCAAUCUACAAAGAAGUUUUCAAAGUGGUCUAUGCUCAAAAAUGGUAUUAAAAUUGGUCUAAUGGGUGGUAUCUCAUACGGUUGCUAUGAAAUGUAUGUGCAAAGACAUCCUUCAGCUCAAGCCGAUGUGGAUCCUGAAAAGAAGACCAUUGUCGUCUUGGGUAGUGGGUGGGCCAGUACCUCCUUCUUAAAAGACAUUGAUACCGAUCAUUACAACGUGGUUGUUGUGUCUCCUCGCAACUACUUUUUGUUCACUCCCUUGUUGCCUAGUUGUACAGUAGGCACCAUUGAUAUUCGCUCCCUGGUUGAGCCCACUCGUUUCAUUGCUCGUCAUAAAUCGCGAACUGUCAAGGUGGUUGAAGCGGAAUGUACUCAUAUCGACCCAGAGACGAAAUCCAUCACAGUUACUGAUAACUCUGAUGUCAAGGGUCAAAAUGCAGUUAGCACCUUAUCAUAUGAUUAUCUAAUCAUUGGUGUGGGCGCUAUGAGCGCUACUUUUGGUAUCAAGGGUGUCGAGGAAUAUGGUUGUUUCCUCAAGGAAGUUUGGGACGCUCAAAAGAUUCGUACAAAGUUGAUGGAUUGCAUUGAAACAGCUGCAUUUCCUAAUCAGUCGCCUGAGGAAGUGGACCGUUUGUUGCACAUGGUCGUGGUAGGCGGUGGCCCUACUGGUAUUGAAUAUGCUGCUGAACUACACGAUUUCUUGGUGGAUGAUUUAGCUUCUUGGUAUCCUGAAUUAGCGGGUAAAGUCAGAAUCACUCUGGUUGAGGCACUUCCCAAUGUCUUGCCUGCCUUCUCCAAGCAUUUGAUUGAAUACACUGAAUCCACCUUCAAGGAGCAGAAUAUUGCUAUUCACACAAAGACAAUGGUAAAGGAGGUCCGUGAAAAGGAAAUCGAAGUAAAGAGACCUGAUGGUAGCAUUGAUACCAUUCCAUACGGUCUUUUAGUUUGGGCUACCGGUAACACAGCUCGUCCUUUGAUCAAGGAUUUGAUGCAAAAGUUCCCUGAAACGCAGCAAGUGCGUCGUGGUCUUGCCGUGGACGACUGGUUGCGUCUUGACGGAUCAGAGGAUAUCUACGCAUUGGGCGAUGCUACUGCUACUCGUUACGCUCCUACUGCUCAGGUAGCUGCUCAACAGGGCAAAUAUCUUGCUCGUUUGUUCAAGCAACUGGCUGUCAGAGAUGAAUUGGAGGCUGAGCUUGCUGAUGUUACCGAGGAAGAAAAAGCAAGAAAAGAGCGUAAGCUUCGCAAAGCCAAGGAUAUCAAGCCCUUCCACUACUCUCAUCAAGGCUCCCUUUGUUACGUUGGAUCUGACAAGGCUGUUGCUGAUUUGCCUUUUGGCCCUGGAGGAAACUUGGCCACUGGCGGCGUAGCCACAUUUGCCUUCUGGAGAUCUGCUUAUAUCUCCAACUUGUUCUCUACUAGAAACAGAGCAUUAGUGAUUACAGACUGGUUGAAGAAGACAGCUUUAGGUCGUGAUAUCUCAAGAGAAUAA